UGUACCUGCCUGCCAGGCUUUCCCCUCUGCGCCCUGCAUCAGAGCACAGCCCCAUCUCGCCCCGCAGUGCCAGGCAGCAGACCCCAGCCUGUGCCAUUCAUUUCCUCUGCCUCACAGAGGCUGAGCCACAGCUGGAAAAUAGACCCCAGCUGGAACCGAUUGCCUUGGGUCUGGUUUCAAACCCCACAGCGUGCAGUGAGGUUUCCUCAUUUCUCAGCCUGGCUAGCCCUGCCCCGCUGGAAAAAAGGGCCGUGAUCACUGCGGUUUGUCCUUGGAGCUCCCGUUCCAGGAGUCUGGAGCUGGUGGUGGGAGCUCCUCCACUCCUCCUUGCUUGAAGAUUGAUUCUUGGCUCUGUCGCUUGCGAGGAAACAUCUGAAAAGCUUUUAGAGCCUUGGGAAAGCAGAAGGUACUCUGAAAAGCAGCGGAGGGGAGAAGUCGGUUUACUCAGCAGAGGCAGCACAGCCAAGCAGGAGCACGAGCCGGAGAGCAGCGACGGAGGGAGCUGAGCACUGCUCCCAGCCCAGCUCCAUCCCACAGGGGCUCCAGCAGCCAGCACAGUGGGGCUGUCUGGCCCUGGCAUGGCGCAGGAGGCAGCACCCGUCCUCUUGGUGUUCCUCACCAGGCUGGUGUCGGCCACGUGGCAUGAAGGGUCUGGCUACUAUACUGCUGAGAGCCACACCAAUGAAGUAUAUGUGGAAGAAGCACCCCCUGAGCCAGCCCUAGAUUACCGCCGAGUGCCCCAGUGGUGUGCCACGCUGAACAUUUACCGUGGAGAGGCAACCUGCUACUCACCCCGGGGGGGCAACUACCGCAGCAGCCUGGGGACGCGCUGCGAGCUGAGCUGUGCCCGUGGCUACCGACUGGUGGGCCGCAGUGCUGUGCAGUGCUUACCCAGCCGCCACUGGUCUGGCAUGGCGUACUGCCGACAGAUCAGAUGCCACGUGCUGCCAGCGGUGCUGCGGGGCUCAUAUGUGUGCUCAGCUGGGGUGCAGAUGGAUUCCCGCUGUGACUACACCUGCCUGCCUGGCUACCAGCUGGAGGGUGACCGAAGCCGCACAUGCAUGGAAGAUGGGCGCUGGAGUGGGAGCGAGCCAAUCUGUGUAGAUGUUGAGCCUCCUAAGAUCCGCUGCCCGGAGUCCCGUGAGCGGAUAGCAGAGCCAGGCAAGCUGACUGCUACAGUAUAUUGGGAUCCACCUCGUGUGAAGGACUCUGCCGAUGGCGUCAUCAAGAGAGUGACGUUGCGGGGUCCAGAGCCUGGAUCUGAGUUCCCCGAAGGAGAGCACGUGAUCCGCUAUACUGCCUAUGACCAGGCAUACAACCGAGCCAGCUGCAAGUUCAGGAUUCGUGUCCAAGUGAGACGCUGUCCUGUUCUGAAGCCUCCGCAGCAUGGCUACCUGUCUUGCACCUCUGAUGGCAACAACUACGGUGCCACAUGCGAGUAUCUGUGCGAUGGGGGCUACGAGCGCCAGGGUACCUCCCUGCGGGUCUGCCAGUCCACCCAGCAAUGGACAGGCUCCCUCCCCCUCUGUGCACCCAUGCAGAUCAACACUGCUGUGAACUCAGCAGCCAGCCUGCUGGAUCAGUUCUACGAGAAACGCCGGCUCCUUGUCAUCUCAGCACCCGACCCUGCUAACCGCUACUACAAGAUGCAGAUCUCCAUGCUGCAGCAAGCCACCUGUGGGCUGGACCUGCGUCAUGUUACCAUCAUUGAGUUGGUGGGGCAGCCCCCACAUGAAGUGGGCCGCAUCCGGGAGCACCAGCUGUCUGUUGGCAUCAUAGAAGAGCUCAGGCAGUUCCUGCACCUCACCCGCUCUCACUUCAACGUGGUGCUCCUGGACAAAGCAGGCACUGACCGUGAGCGCUACAUCUUGCCCACCAGCCCCGAUGAGCUCUUUGACUUCAUCGACACCUACCUGCUGAGCGAGCAGGAGGCAGUUCAGCGGGCACAGCACGGGGACCCCUGUGAUUGAGGCAGCGUGGGGAGACCCCUGCCACGUGCCUUGGAGGACGGACAGCUUCCUUUCUGCUUUUCUAGUCGCCCACCGUAGAGGAGGACUAGGGUCCCAAGGACUUCCAGGAGGAAGGGAGCCACUCUCAGGCUGCUCUGGCACAGGGAGGGGAGCAGGGAAAAAGGCCAUGUACUAGCAGUCACUGCACAACAGCCAGGAGCAGCCUCUGGCCACAGUUGUGACUCAGCCUAGACUACAACAGGAGAUGCUGGAUUUUCUCUGUUCAAACCCCAGGGCAGGAGGGAGAAGAGAAACCCAAGAGGAGGAGAGACCACAGCCAAAUGAGUGCCCCACAUUCUAUGAAAGCUCCCAGAGCAGAAAAGGGAUGGGAGAGCAGGCAGGGCGACAUUACAGAUGCCUCUUUUGCAGCAGCUUCACCCUCACUGUGGCCGUCCUCACGUCAUACACAACUUAAACCCACGCUGUCCCUGCCUGGGCUCAGCCCUGCUGGCCAGGCACUGAUGCCAGGCUCCUGCCAGAGCCAGCAAAAGCCUUCAUUAAGAAGCCAAUGGCCCCAUGCUCAGCGAAGACAGUAACAGACAUCCAUUACAGAGGCUCAUAAUCUACUUGCUUCUCCUUACAUCCAGCAUUGUGGCACCCUUCCUGGGAAUUUUUUUGGCAGUAGAAUAUUACUUUGAAAUUAAUAAAUUUGUAGAAAAAGUCAGUUCAGCAUGGCCCCCACCAGUGUUCCCCAUAACCCAACAGCUGUUCUCUGCCUGUGGGUCCCAGAGCAAGCACCGUACUUAGGGAGGAGGGUGGAAGAGACAACAA